AUGGUUGUAGAAGACACCCCCAAAUCCAUCAUCACCGACGAUCAAAUCACAACAAACCCUAAUCGGGUUAUCGAAGACGACAACAAUCUUGAAGAAGGAGAGAUCCUCGAUGAAGACGAUUCCUCCGCCACUUCCAAACCCGUCGUCCACCAACCUCACCUCCUCGAGAAUUCUUGGACUUUCUGGUUUGAUACCCCUGCAGCAAAAUCUAAACAAGCCUCUUGGGGUAGCUCAAUGCGUCCCAUCUACACUUUCUCCACUGUUGAAGAGUUUUGGAGCAUUUACAAUAACAUUCAUCAUCCUGGUAAGUUGGCUGUGGGAGCAGAUUUCUAUUGCUUCAAGCAUAAAAUUGAACCUAAAUGGGAGGAUCCCAUUUGCGCUAAUGGUGGGAAAUGGACUGCGAACUAUCAGAAGGGAAAAUCUGAUACCAGUUGGUUAUACACGUUGUUGGCUAUGAUUGGAGAACAAUUUGAUCAUGGAGAUGAAAUUUGCGGAGCGGUUGUGAAUGUGAGGGGUAGGGCUGAGAAGAUUUCUAUUUGGACUAAGAAUGCUUCCAAUGAAGCUGCUCAGGUGAGCAUUGGAAAACAGUGGAAGGAGUUUCUUGAUUAUAAUGAGACCAUGGGCUUUAUAUUUCAUGAUGAUGCAAGGAAGCUCGACAGAAAUGCUAAAAACAAAUAUGUUGUCUGA